CGUGCGAGAGAAAGAAGGGAAAGGGCCGAACGGCGGUGCCUGCCCGUCUCCCUUCCGCGGCCGCCGCUCCUGAGAUCGGGAAAAGCCCACCCGUCCAUUUGUCACUGGACCCGAGGAAGAGGAGGACGAAGCGAGACGCUUCCCUCCUCUGGGGCAGGAGCGUGAGCCCCUCUUCCCAUCUUCCUCUCCACCUCCAGGGAGGAACCGCGACAUCCGCCGUCUGGAAUCGCUUUCGAGCCUCUUGUUUGCGCCCCGUUGCAUUGGAGAGGGAGAUAUGGCUGCAGAUUUUCCCUGCCCCAUGAACAUUCAAAAUUUCAAGCAGAAAAUGAUGCACCCUGUUGCCAGUAGCAACUCCCCUUUCUGCGGGACUGGAAAAACAUCUUGCCUUAACGAUGACAAUGGGACACCCACCGAUCAGUUUGAUUUAUAUUCCACACAGCAAACCAAGUAUAGCCACACAGUUGGGCACAAGCCAAUACCAUGCCAGAGACAAGAUGCAUUAAAUGAACCACAUUUGCAGACCACAAGUAGCAGAAAUUUAGAGACGAAAGAUGAACUUAAAAAAAAGAAAAAUCUCAACAGAUCUGGAAAACGCGGAAGGCCUUCAGGGACGACAAAAUCAGCGGGGUACAGAACAAGCACAGGCAGACCACUCGGGACCACCAAAGCAGCUGGAUUUAAGACAAGUCCAGGUAGACCCUUGGGCACAACUAAAGCUGCAGGUUACAAAGUCAGCCCGGGGAGACCUCCUGGCAGCAUUAAAGCUCUAUCACGGCUUCCAAAUCUAAGUUAUACUUGUAGCAGUGCAGCUUUUCCUUAUUCUGUGGUGCAUAACAGAGGAGUACAUGCUACUGGUGAAACAAGUAGCAAAAUCAAACAACCCACUGAAUAAUAUGUAUAGGUUGAUAAAUAUUUCUCUAGUAAUCAUUUUUAAAUUAUCUGAGUUGUGGCAUGUUUUUUCACUUCUUUUGUAACUUUUUCACAACUUCCUUUCUUAUUUUUUUUAAAGAUGGCAUAUCAUAACCAUAUAAUGUUUCUUUGUUUACAAGUGGAAUCCCCAGUGAUGCCCUUGUGUAUUUUCAAAAAGUAGUUGCAAAUAUUCUGAACAACAAAAAAUAUUGCCUAGCCAUUUUAGUUGAGGAGCUAUUAAUUCAAAUAGCAGAUUUCCAGCUCCCUGGUUUUGAAGAUUGCAACAGAGACUUGAUGAAAACACAUCAGAGUAGAUUAAUAGAAAUCAAUCAUUCAAGAUUGUCUUAUAAAUAACAGUAGUUCUACAAAUUUUGCAAUGUAUAUGAUUCUUUUUUUUCUUUUUUUAAAUAGGAAUGAGUAGAAAUGAAUUUUUUCCACAAUUGCUGGAAUUUAACACGGACCUCAGAACUUGUAGAUAAUGUCAAAACUUCGAAGCUAUAUUUUUAGGAAGUUAUCAUUCCAGGCAGCCAUUCAUUGAAGUGCUAUCAGUUACAAGCAAUUCAAAUACUUUGUUAAAGAAAUAGUUUGUAUGCAGCACUUGAUCUAUAGUCUAAGUGCUACUUUUUUCCAUUACAGUAUGGUAUCUCUCUUGGAACUGCUGACUAUGGUUUAUAAAGCCUAAGACUAUACACACCAAAUUAUAAAUAAUGAAAUAUCAGAAUUUUUUUUAAUCUUAAAAGUGCUAUCAAAUAUGUAUUUAUUGGGCAUAAUUAAGGUUAUCUUUGAGAUUUUGUUCCCUUAUUAAUUCAAUUAAUUUGAUUGAUACGCAAUCAAAUAAGCGGAGUUGUAGAAUUGCCCUGUAUUUUUUAAAAUCUGUCCGGAAACAUACAAAUUCAAAAUGAUUUUAUAAUAUCUGCAUAGCUAGCAGCCUUUAAAAAAAAGUUUAAAAAUUUGGUAUAAUUGAAAAUUACACUUUUCAGAUACAUGAUCUUCCCAUCUUAAAAAUAAUUUUGUCAGUAAAACUUCUGGAGCUAAGUGAGCAUAUAUUUACCAAAGGAAGACAUUUCAUGGUUCAUAAUUGGAAAUGAUACAGAUGAUGCACAAGCAAGUUGUGAUUUGAUGUGUUUAUAGACACCCAGAUAUAUAACAGAUUUAAGGAAUAUAUCUAUGCAUGGAGGUGCAGAAUGAUAAAUACAAUUUCUGAAUUUUGUGCACCUAAAAUAAAUGUUCUGCUUUGAGCUGGGUAUGUGUUAUUAUUUUUAAGAUUGUAUAUGAGUGUGUACGUAUGUAUGUAUGUGUGAGAGAAAAAGGGGGAAAGACAAAAAAUGAUAGACUGUCUCUUCAGUAUUACACAAAUUGCAUUAUCAUUGACCAGAAAACACUCUAUUAAAUGGAUUUCAUAAUUGUUAUUCCAAAACUAAGUUUACAUUUAGUUAAUUCUUAAAUGUUUUAUCUUUAUAUUCACUUGAGAGAGGUUGUAAAUAUUUGCAAUUUUCAUUUGGAAUAGACCUCUUUCACAUUACGUACAAGUGAAAAUUAACAGUAUUGAAUUUUUUCUUUGUAAGAUCAAUGUUGUAGCCUCCUGAUGUUUUGAUGACAGCUCUGAUUCCUGUAAUGACAACUUAAGAAAUGGGUGUCAUUUCAUGCCUUUUUUAUCAGGAAAAAAACAGCAAGCCUUCAGGUGUUUCAGCCUAACUCAUAAUGAGCUGGACUUUAUCCUAUAUUUUAUAACAGAGUAUUGAAUUGCUUUGAGGGGACUUUGUACGCACUGGCAACCAUGAACCUCAACAGUACUGGAAGGCUUUUUAGUCAUGUAAACUAAGGCAGCUAAACUGCUACUAAAUUGUUUUGUCUUAUUUUUUGCUCAAGCUAUGUUUCCUUGAGAAACUUUGGAAUUAUCACUUUUUUUUAAACUUUUUUUCACAGAGGUGCAACUUUCGACACAGUGCUAAUGUGAGCUAAUUCUCCCUCAGGACAUAUAUUGUACUAUCUCUUUUAUUACACUUCCCCCGCCUCCCCCUUCCCAAAAGCUGCUUGGAGAGAAGCUGAAUGUAAAAUCUAAAAAAAACGGCAUACUCUUACGGCAAGAUACAAAUUUAUCUCAUGCCAGAAGUGUAUUUUUAAUUAACUAUAUUUCUUACCUCCUGUUUUUCUCAUGCUACCCUUUUUAAAAAACUUCUCAUAAAUGAGUUUGUUUGACGAUGCCAUACGGUGUAUUGGGAGGUAAGGCAAUGCAUUAUAGUUCUAAUGUGAUGAAUUAUGUAUUCUGAAAAAAUAUAUGAUGAGAAAAUAAGCAAUUUAUGCUCAUCUAUAAAAUAGAAAACAUCCAUUAAAAAGACCAAUACAGAUAAAAUAGGCAGAAAGGGUAGUUAUAUACUCAUUGGAUUUAUUAACCAGGCCAGGAGAGCACUGUUGGACAUUUCUUGAUUUCAAUUGAUUUUACCUUCUACUGCAGUUCAUAAGGGCCUUGCUAUAGAGAAAACAGAAGUCAGCGAUUUGAGAUGUUUGAAUGAUAAAUUCAAAUAUUUUUGCUACUGCUGUAUAUAAUCUUCUGAAUACAUUGUGCUUUUUUGGUACACUAUCUCUUGUCAUGAUAAACACUGCAACAGCAUGUUAAUUCCUAUGCUUUGUUAUUAUUGGGAAGGAAGAGAGUCCUUUCUUUCGAUAGUAUUGAUACAUGAUUUGUAAAGCAAAUGAUAAUUUUAUAUUCUAUAAAUUGUACUCUACAUAAGCUAGGAUUGUUAAUGUGUAUUCACACUGCUCAAAACAUCUACAUGUUGUGCUUUAUCUUUUGGUUAAAUAUAGAUAUUUGUUGUAUCUUUUGAUAAAUAAAUAAUUAAGUAUUAAUAGGGACCUAUACUACUUAAAAGACAGAAAAAAAUGCUGUUUACUUUCUAACUAACUUUACAUAAACUAUAGAACCAAAUAACUUUACUACUAUUUUUUAAGUCUUGCACUGGAUAUGUUCAAAAUUAUUGUAUAGGUAGUACUUUCUAAAUACAGCUUUGUCUACUAUAUCAAAAAUCACUUUUGUUUCAUAACUUUUUAAGGUUACUUAUUACUGAUCAGGAUCUUUGUUCUGCAAUGGGCCAUUUUUAAGAAAUUACACAUUUUCUUUUGGUGUCACAAGAAAUCCAGGAAAGUAAUGUAUAUGGGAUGGGAAAUUCCAUGACCAAUGAGGCAGGAGGGAUUACAGUCAGGGCAUUAAAAGAAUUUUAAAGGCAAAAACUUUCAGAAUGAGAAAUCUACAAUUAUUCCCUAAGUUUGUCAUUCUACUUUAUAUGACUGUACAUACAGCGGAGCAUCAUGUAGUUCACUAACUACAGUUGCUUGCAAUCAAAGCUUCUAGACUUGCUUAUACUCAAAUGCUUUUUAUUACACAUAUAUUAAAUAUAGUUCAUUAUUAUAAUGACAAUAUUAGAACAAGCCCUUCUUUUUGGUCUCCUCUCCCAAAUAGAUAAAUUUAAGUUCUGCAAUGUGUAAUCAAUUUCAUCUUGAAAAUUAUGAUAGCAUAACAAUUUUUUUAAAAAUAUAUAUUUAAAUACUGUAGGCUAUUUUAAGAUUUUCACUUUCACGACUUGCUUUUCCAUGGACAGGUUAUUUUAUUAGAAAAAAAAUCAUUAAUAUCAUCAUCCUGUCUUCUGGUGUAAAAAGUCUGAUUAGGUAACUGUGUUUGUUCUUACAUCCAUGAACCUCAGCUACUCAUGUGCAAUUGUCUGUAUGGGAAUGGCGUAGUAUUCAUGAACUGUACUUAUGUCAUCAUUUGGAUGUAUAUUUAUUAAUAAAGUAAUUACUUUAAACACAAAA